AUAAUUGCAUAUUAUCAUCAUAAUCCAUAUUUCCACGACCAUGUUGACAGUCUCCUGAAAUGUUUUUUGUUUCUCGUGGCAGAUUGGUGUUACCAGGACGCAUCAUGCGGUCCUGCGACAUGGCCCGUGUCGCUAGCCGUGGAGUUCUGCAAUGGGAGCAGGCAGUCCCCCAUUAACAUCAAUUCCAGCAAGGCCGUAGAAGACGCCGAACUGGUUGACUUCUCCUUCACCGAUUAUGACAACAAAUUGGGGUUGACCAAGAUCAAGAACACUGGAAAAACCGUCAAGGUGACGCUGGCGAACGGUACGGUGUCCGGAGGGGGUCUGCCCAACAGCACCUACCAGAGCCUGCAGUUCCAUCUCCACUGGGGCAACGGCUCGACACAGCCAGGCUCGGAGCACACGGUCAACGGGAAGCGUUACCCCAUGGAGAUGCACAUUGUGAACGUUAAGGCGAUCUACGACGGGAACACCACAAUCGCUGUUGCGGACAACGAAUCCAUUGCAGCGUUGGGGUUCUUCUUCGAGGAGCUGGACGGCCCCGCUACAAGGGCCUCUACCUACUGGGACACACUGGCGUCGUACCUGCCCAACAUCACAAACGGCGGUGAUUAUGCCAACUUCACCGACAAGAUAUCCCUGGAUGACCUCUUGGAGGGAGUGGACCGUACCAAGUACUACCGCUACCUGGGCUCCCUCACCACGCCGAGCUGCAACGAAGUAGUGAUCUGGACCGUCUUCAAAGAAUCCAUCAAAGUCAGCAAAGAGGCGAUCGACCUCUUCAGCAGCACGGUGCGAGUGGCCAAUGGGACGUCUGCGCUGUUGCUCAACACCUACAGACCCAUCCAGCCCGACCAGGUGAUCAGGACCAACGCCAGGCCAAUCACCACCACCACCGCCGCCGCCAGCAGCAGCUCCUCCGUCACGCUGGCCUCCGCCCAAAUGGCCAUCGCAGCGCUCUGGGCCUUUAAGGGAGUGUAGCUCAUAGCUAAGCUAAAGGGCCGGGACUGCAGUGGGAUCACCUCCCAGACUGUCCCGGUCCGGUCACACAAUUGAGAAAAGAGAUUUAAUGGAGGAAGAAAAGUUUUGAUGACGAACGGGGGAGACCGUUCAAAGAAACUUAAUUCUGUGCAGAACCCUGAAGCCAAAGAAUGUAGAUAGUUGGAUUCGGUUCUUGCAUGAUGGUGGCUGCUUAUGGAUCAUUUUUACUAUUAAUCAGCUAAAUGACCUAAUCUUAAUAAUUAAUUAUUAACUCACUUUGUAUGUUAAACCAUAACUAUUUGCUAAUGAAUAAUGAAGGAAUAAAUGAAGGAUGUUAUCAUGUCUUUUUCUUUGGCCACAGGAACAUUUCUUGAGGGGUUGUUCUACGGUUACGAUACAUUUACCCCUCCCUGUAAGUCGCUUUUAUCCAAAGCUACUUACAGUAAGUACAUUUGUCAGAAGAAAAGGAAACUUAUCGCUGUCGGUACAGUUAUGCAACAUGAUAGCUAGGGUAAGACGCUACACAAUGCAAAAAGUAAAACACUUUAUUAUACCUACGUUUAUUGAAUUGAGUAUCUUUGUUUUGAAAAAGUAAAGAAACUAAACAAUAAAAUGAACCAAGUGGACAGCUACAAAUAAGUAAUAUUUACAAAAAAUCCACUUAUUUCUCACACCUUGUCCCUAAAUGAUUGAUCCAUAAUGUGUAUCAGCUUCCUAAUUAUUGACUUAAAAUGCAAAAGUUAGAAUUGUCAUUCUAACUACCUGAGAAGCAGGAACGUGUCAUUCAUAGCCGGUCGUCUCAUCAUUUAACAAAUGGGCCACCCCUGUAUAUUGAACAUUUAUGCUUAAAAAUAUUGCAUAUUGCACAAUUAUUUCAUUGUCUUUUGUGAAAAGCUGUCUCCAUGAACGCCGAGGUAGACAGUACUUUCAAAACCGACUUUCUCCUGAUGUCCAGACCAUUAGGUAGAAAUCCUUGCCGAAGGCAAACUAAACACGGUUCCAAUUCAUAAACCAAGUUAAGCCAGUGAGGUCAAGGUACCGAGUGUGUUUGUG